AUGGAGACCCUCCAGUCCGAGGCCAACUUCGUGAUAAAGGACCUGGACACGGGACGGCAGUACGUGCUGACGCCCGAGGCGGACGGCGGCGGCGCCGCGGCUGAGGUGCCGGCCGCGGGGGGCGUGGCCGAUCCCGCCUCCGGGAAGGUGCUGUCGAUGGACGAGUUUGAUCGACAGCUGGGGAUCCGCUCGGGGCGAUCAGCGAUUGCCCACCAAGGAGAUGUGAGCAGCAGUGAUGGCGACAGCCCCAGGGCAUCUGAUGCACAGAGCAGUGCAUCAACUCAAACUGGGCAAGGGUUUUCUAAGCUGAGGAAGCUUCCUAAGCUGAAGGGAAUAAAGACCCUCUUGAAGACUGAAGCGACCCUCAGUAAGAAAAUCCAAGGUCUUCGUGGGAGCUUGACAGGAAAGCGGGAUGGACAGGGUGACAGCCCAAAGCAAGAUGGCCAAGUCGACAGUCCGGUGUCCUCGUCUGGUGGCUCUCCCCAAUCUCAGUCUAACAGCCCUGGAGGGGCUUUCGCCCAGAGGGAAGAGAGCGAUCCAAGUUUGAUGUCGCCGAUUCCGGCUGCUGAUCGCGCGUUACCUGCCAGUGCCCAGCUGGAAUCACCACUUGCGAGGUGUGGCACUGCCGGCUUUGGCAGCACGAAAGUGGGGCACACCCGCAGACCUGUGAAGGAGGUUUCAGAUCUCCGGCUUGUCCAGGAGCUGAAGGGCCACAAAGGGGUUGUGUGGACAGCUCGAUUCAGCCCUGAUGGGACGUUACUUGCCAGUGGGGGCAAGGAUGCUGUUGUGCGCAUCUGGGAGGUGAUAUCAAAAAGGGCCAACAAGGAGAAAGAGAAAUGCUGUAUAGACUUGCCUGUCUUCAGGCAGGACCCGGUGCGCGUGUGGAAGGGCCACCAUGCUGACAUCCUGAACAUCGCCUGGUCCUCUGAGUCCCAGUUCGUGCUGUCGGCCUCCCUGGAUAAAGGGGUGCGCCUGUGGCACAUAACCAAGGACCAGUGCCUGAGGGAAUUCCAGCACCAAAACUGGGUGACGUCCAUCAAAUUCCACCCCAAGGAUGCGAAUCAGUUCAUAUCGGGCGGCGGUGAUGGGCUGCUGAGAAUGUGGAACGUGAUGGAGAGGCGCGUGGUGGCCUCUGCUAGCAUCGCUGCCGAUGGGGACAUGUACACUGCCCUCACCUUUUCAGACGAUGCGAAGAUGAUCGCCGCAGGGACGUUCAAGGGCAAGUGUCGCUUGUAUGAGGUGAAUGGGAAGAGGAUUGAGAAGAGGGCACAGAUUGAUGUUCGGAAUCGGAGGGGCCGCCACUCCAAAGGGAAGAGGAUCACUGGGAUGGAGUAUAUCCCCAUUCGAGGUCAACAGUCCCUCCUGCUGGUGACCUCAAAUGACUCGCGUAUAAGACUAUUCCAGGGCCUGACGGAGGUGAUGAAAUUCAAGGGCCACACGAACAACGUGGGCCUGCCCAUUUCAGCGUCCCACUCCCCGCAGGGCGACUACAUUAUCUGCGGGUCCGAGGAGGGACGUGCCUACAUCUGGAGCAACUCCACCAAGCCGCUGGAGGAUGCUAACUCGUCAAAGGAGGACAUGCACAUGCACAGCAGCGUCACCCGGGAGAAGGUCAACGCCUACGAGUGGUUCAGGGCGCAUGAUGGGUAUGCCACCGUGGCGCUGCUAGCCCCUGACACCUGCCGUCGACCCCUUGCAGACUUGGAAAACUUUGUGGAUCAGGAGGGGGUUGCUGCGGCGGCGUCCACUGGAAGGUUCAAGAGGACGUCGAGGCACACCACCAACGCCGCGGGACACGCUCCUGCGCAGGCAAACCAUGGCAGUGCAGGGCAGGAAGCGGUCAACGGGGGCGGGGGCGAGAGCUACAGGCUGUGGGGGCAGGUCAUCGUGACAGCAGGGGGGGAUGGAGAGAUACGCGUGUGGGAAAAUUUUGGCUUCCCAGUCAACCUUUCAGGCUGA